ACGGACGCGGGCUGCCCGGCAUCGCCUUUUCACCCCCCAGGUGAUGAGCGAGGUCGGGAGCAGGGAAGAGUCACACAGCGACCGGGGCCUCCGGAUUGAAUGAAACGCGUGCGAAGGCGUCACCAUGAACACGAGCAUUCCCUAUCAGCAGAAUCCGUACAAUCCCCGGGGCAGCUCCAAUGUCAUCCAGUGCUACCGCUGCGGGGACACCUGCAAAGGGGAAGUAGUCCGAGUCCACAACAACCACUUCCACAUCAGAUGCUUCACCUGUCAAGUGUGUGGCUGUGGCCUGGCCCAGUCAGGCUUCUUCUUCAAGAACCAGGAGUACAUCUGCACCCAGGACUACCAGCAACUCUAUGGCACACGCUGUGACAGCUGCCGGGACUUCAUCACGGGGGAAGUCAUCUCUGCCCUGGGCCGCACCUACCACCCCAAGUGCUUCGUGUGUAGCUUAUGCAGGAAGCCUUUCCCCAUUGGAGACAAGGUGACCUUCAGUGGUAAAGAAUGUGUGUGCCAGACAUGCUCCCAGUCCAUGACCAGCAGUAAGCCCAUCAAGAUCCGGGGACCAAGCCACUGUGCUGGGUGCAAGGAAGAAAUCAAGCAUGGCCAGUCGCUCCUGGCACUGGACAAGCAGUGGCACGUCAGCUGCUUCAAAUGCCAGACCUGCAGCGUCAUUCUCACCGGGGAGUACAUCAGCAAGGAUGGAGUCCCCUACUGCGAGGCUGACUACCAUUCCCAGUUUGGCAUUAAAUGUGAGACUUGUGACCGAUACAUCAGCGGCAGGGUCUUGGAGGCAGGAGGGAAGCACUACCACCCUACCUGUGCCAGAUGUGUGCGCUGCCACCAGAUGUUUACUGAAGGAGAAGAGAUGUACCUCACAGGUUCAGAGGUGUGGCACCCCAUCUGUAAGCAAGCAGCUCGGGCAGAGAAGAAGCUAAAGCAUAGACGGACGUCUGAGACUUCCAUCUCCCCGCCUGGAUCCAGCAUUGGGUCACCCAACCGAGUCAUCUGUGAUAUCUACGAGAACCUGGACCUCCGGCAGAGAAGAGCCUCCAGCCCAGGGUACAUCGACUCCCCCACCUACAGCCGACAGGGCAUGUCCCCCACCUUCUCCCGUUCACCUCACCACUACUACCGUGCAGGGCCCGAGAGUGGCAGGAGCUCUCCAUACCAUAGCCAAUUAGAUGUGAGGUCCUCCACUCCAACCUCUUACCAGGCUCCCAAGCACUUUCACAUCCCAGCUGGAGAAAGUAACAUCUACCGGAAGCCCCCAAUCUACAAACGGCAUGGUGAUCUGUCCACAGCAACCAAGAGCAAAACAAGCGAAGACAUCAGCCAGGCCUCCAAAUACAGUCCUGCCUACUCACCAGACCCCUAUUAUGCUUCCGAGUCUGAGUACUGGACCUACCAUGGGUCCCCUAAAGUGCCCCGAGCCAGAAGGUUCUCAUCUGGAGGAGAGGAAGAUGAUUUUGACCACAGCAUGCACAAGCUCCAGAGUGGAAUUGGCCGGCUGAUUCUGAAGGAGGAGAUGAAGGCUCGUUCAAGCUCCUAUGCAGAUCCAUGGACUCCUCCCCGGAGCUCCACCAGCAGCCGAGAGGCCCUGCACACCGCUGGCUAUGAGAUGACCCUCAAUGGCUCCCCACGUUCUCACUACCUGGCUGACAGUGAUCCUCUCAUCUCCAAAUCUGCCUCCCUGCCUGCCUACAGGCGAAACGGGCUGCACCGGACACCCAGCGCAGACCUCUUCCAUUAUGACAGCAUGAAUGCAGUCAACUGGGGCAUGCGAGAGUACAAGAUUUACCCUUAUGAACUGCUGCUGGUGACCACGAGAGGAAGAAACCGACUGCCCAAGGACGUGGACCGGACCCGCUUAGAGCGCCACCUGUCCCAAGAAGAGUUCUACCAAGUCUUCGGCAUGACCAUCUCGGAGUUCGAGCGGCUAGCCCUCUGGAAGAGAAAUGAACUGAAGAAGCAAGCCCGGCUGUUCUAGCAGAGACCCUAUACAUAUAGAUGCAUUUAUAUAAAGAUGUAUGUAAAUCUACACCGCCACAUGGCGUAACCCUCUUGUGUAACGGGACACACUGCCUGCCAUGAGACUUGCUUUUCUGUGCUGUCAGGCAAGCCCACAUCAUUGAAGUAUUUUUAUGCUCCUUACUUCUCUUUUCUAAGUGCUGUAAGAUCAGGAAAGGGAUUUGAGGGGACUCUGCCCUUUUACUGAGGGUCCUUUUUAUACUGAAACAGCUGUCCUAACUUGAGUCCUCCAAGGUCUGACUCUCUUUCCUUGGAAUGGUGCCUGGAGAAACGUCUCUGCUCCGCUGCUUGGCUCUCUCCCCUAUCUCCAGGGCUCCCGAGGAUCAUGCAGUCCGUGCAUGCCAUCAGCCCCACAGGGGCCCUCCCAUGGGAACUCCAUGAUGAUCCACCUCUCCCCUCCCCCAACCCAGUGAGCACCUCUGGGAGCUCAUAAAGAAUUUUCUCCAUAUUCCUAAAUUGGAUCUAAGUGCUCCCCGGGGCAAUGUGAUUCAAGAUGUGAGCUUCAAAUCCACUCAUGACACUAGUAGACCCACGAGGGCAGGGCCCUAGCCUCUCAGCUCAUCCUUCCCCUCCUCCCACCCUUGAUCUUGACCUCUCCCUUGUCCAAAUCUAGGACUCAUCGUAGGAAAAGGAAAAAAACGGCACUUCCUUCCCCUCACCCCACCUCCACCUGGCCCUUGGCCCAGCCUGGACUUGGAGAAACAGGAAAGCAGAGGAUGCUAGGCGAGGAGACAGAGCCCAGAGCCAGGCACCUGGAAGCUAGCAGAGGAGCUGAGGUCCUCCUUUCUAACUCCGUCUGCUCCCAGUGCCUCUUGACCCUUCCCCCUUUCUAGGAGACGCCAUUGUUGCAGCCGGUACUCUUCAGCCUUAUUACAAUCUAUGUGCCUGACGAUCUAUACAUCACAGGGCUAGUGUUCCCACCACAGUUCCAACCAAGCAACCAGACUCAUACUUCACACCACCCUGUUCUGAGAGAAUAGGCCACUGCCCAAAGAAAGCUUCCUGGCCCAUACCACUGGUCCCUGGCUCAGCACCACAAACAGUGGGCCCCCCACCAGUCCUUGGAUCCUCCUGCAAAGUCGGCUAGGGCUCAUGGUGGAAGCUUCCAGAAGAGUAAUUGCUUAGUACAUUCCAAAAUGGAGUGUUAGAGCCAGGGGCUGGUGGCUCACGCCUGUACUAGCUACUCAGGAGGUUGAGAUCUGAGGAUUGUGAUUCA